AUGUUCGACUGGGUCGGAUUAUUGCUGAAGGCAGUCUACUUUUACUGCCACUUCAUAGGGCUAAGCAACUUUGAGUACGAUUGGCGAACAGGUCGCGUGUUCACAUCCUGGCGAAAUACUCUGUAUGCCAUCACGAUAAACGCACUUAUUGUGAUAGCCUUUAUUAUGUAUUGGACUGGACAGAGUAUUACAAAUUAUGUAUUUCGAAGCGCCAACAAACUGCAUGAAUAUGUCGUCAUUAUCAUGUACGGUUUAAAAGUCACUGCAGGACUUCUUACGUUGCUCAACCGAUGGCUUCAGCGCGGUCAGACCAUACAGCUAGCCAAAGACAUAAUUCGUUUGUAUAUGAGCAACCCGCAGGUGAAGAAAAUGAUUCAACGGGGUGUGCUACUGAAAGCCUUCAGUGGAGGUGGCACAGUCCUCUUCCAAGUGAUAAUCUCCGUGGGUGCUUUGAGUCGCCUAGGCUUGUCUCAAAUUGUCGGUGUGAGUUUGCACACCUUCAUUUCGUUCAUUCUGAAUCUGGCCAUAUCACAGCAUUUUUUUAUAAUGCUUUUCGUUCGUGGCCAAUAUCAGAUUGUAAACAUACAGCUGCGACAAGUGAUCGAAGAAAGCCUUAGGCUCAGCUACCUUCAGAAGAAAGGGGGUAAUUUCAUGACUAGAUGUUGCCAUCUAUCGGAUGUGUUGGAAGAUAUAGGAAAAUUUCAGAGCCAGCUGCAGUCGAUUCUGGUCCAGGUGGGAGAGGUUUUCGGCAUCCAGGGACUGAUGUCGUACAGCGGAUACUACAUAUCAUGUGUGGCUGCUUACUACCUGAGUUACAGCAUGUAUAAAUAUGGUCACGAAACUCUAAAUACAUCGUAUAAAACUAUGAUUGUGGCCGGCAUUUUUGCCUUCUUUUACUACCUCGAUGGCUCGAUGAAUUGCAUGAAUAUGUUAUUCGUGUGGGAUCACCAUAAGGAAAUGUUGCGUCUCUUAGAAGAGCGAACGGUUUUUGCAUCUCGCUUGGACGUUCGCUUGGAAGAAUCCUUCGAGAGGCUUCAGUUGCAGCUUGUUGGAAACCCAUUGACAAUGAAUGUCCUGGGCAUUUUUCCCAUCACUCGAAGCUCAACUGCGGCCAUGGUUGGAUCUAUAAUAACGAAUUCCAUACUACUUAUUCAGUUUGACAUGACAUAUUUUUAA